AUGUCUCCGUCUAAUUGCUGGAUUUUGUGCGCUGCCUCGCUCGCCUGCCUUGUCUGUUGUGGUUCCUGCAGAAGACAUAAAGGGCACAGAUCCCAACCGGAGCCGCUCAUCUUUAACGAGCUGUGCGCCCUGAAAGACGAGCCGGGGCCGUGCAAGGCCAUCAAGGAGCGUUUUUUCUUCAACGUGAACACGGGCCGCUGCGAGCUCUUCGAGUACGGAGGCUGCGGAGGAAACGACAACAACUUUGAGACCCGGGAGGAGUGCGAGGAAUCGUGCAUCGUCUCAGAUGACAAGAGCCCGUGUCAUUUACCGGAGGCUCCGGGUCCCUGUCGAGGUUUGGUUUCGCGCUACUUCUUUGACAGCAGCACUCAGCAGUGCAAGCCGUUCUUUUACGGCGGCUGCUUUGGAAACGCCAACAACUUCAGGAGUCUGACCAAGUGCCAGGACAAGUGUCCCAACCCAGUGAGACCGACUGCAGCAGCAGAAAACGGAGGAAAAUCUGCCAUGAGAGUCAGUUUCGUGCAGCCCACCAUCAGAACAGGGACCGUGGCUAGAACUGGACCUGUGGCGCAACAAAAUGACUCCAGUCAUGCAUUAAAUGACUUGAGUCCUUCAGAGGUGUGCUCCAAAGGGGUGGACCGGGGGACGUGUCUCGGCUCAGAGCGGCGGUUUGCCUUCAACCCAGAAACCAAGAGGUGCCAGGUGUUUCACUACAGCGGCUGUGGAGGAAACGAGAACAACUUCAAGUCCCGCAAACACUGCUACUUCAAGUGCAUUCGACUCAGCAAGGUUUCAGAUCACAGGACGAGGAUGAUCCGGAUAAAGAAGAAGAACCUGGACAACAUCCUGAUUCGUUCUGUCUGAACGCUCCAGACCUGAAAUCAUUUUUUAUAUUUUCAGCUUUUUGCGCUCGUCACUCUGCGGCGCUGCCGUUUGUUGCACUUUGAUUUUCUGAAACUCCAGAUAGGACUAAUCAGGUCAGCAGAGUUUCAUUUACACUCGUCGGCUGGAGACGCAUUUUGUGUUCCAGACAGUUCAGCUUUAUCAGGGUUGCCAGAUAAGAAAUGAUGAACUUGUGUACUGUUGCUUUAGAAAUUUAUUUUGACCCAAACUGUCAUAUGUGCUGAGUUCGGGUGUUUUAAGGUGAGGUGUAUGUUGUGUUUGGAGGACAUGUGCACACACAUAAGAAG